GUGUCAAAAGCUUAGAUUGCGCUGCUAGCGUAGUGUUGGCGGAGCGUUAGAAACGAUCGCAUGUGCAGACUGUGUGAAGUAUCAGUUGUUAAAGAUUAAGUUUAAUAAAAACAGAGAUGUCCUCGUCGCUAAAGAGUGCAUCAAGCAAUAAAAACGAUGAGAUCGCUUCAAGUUCGUUGCUCUCUAUGUCUGAGCCAGGAGCCCAACCCGAGAGUAAAGUACUCGUGUUGUACACCGGUGGGACAAUUGGAAUGAUGAGAGAUCCGAAAUUAGAAAGCGCCAGCCCCAGCUCGCAGGUGCUGGUGCCCAUCCCGAACGAGUUUGGGCGCAUGCUGCUGAGGAACCCGGUGCUCCACGACGCCAGCUACUGCCAGCAGCGCUUCGGCGCCUCGCCGCCGCCCGACACCUUCGUCCUGCCGGACGUGCGCCAAAAAAGCCGCGUGGUCUACACGGUAGUGGAAUACGACCCACUGCUCGACUCGAGUAACAUGACUGUCGAUCACUGGAUCAAAAUUGCCAAGGACGUUCACAAUGAAUACUCAAAAUAUGAUGGAUUUGUUGUGCUGCAUGGAACUGACACCUUGGCAUACACUGCAUCAGCUCUGUCAUUCAUAUUUGAGCAUCUGGGGAAGACAGUUGUCAUUACUGGUUCACAGAUUCCAUUAUUUGAGACAAGAGGUGAUGGAAGAGAGAAUUUUCUGGGUGCACUUAUCUUGGCAGGCAACUACAGCAUUCCAGAGGUAACUGUUUACUUUGGGCACAAGCUCUUCAGGGGAAACAGAACAACAAAAGUGAGCUCUGCGAGUUACAGUGCCUUUGAUUCUCUCAACUUCCCGCCUCUGGCUACUGUUGGCAUUGAUAUUGAAGUGGAUUUCAGAUCUGUAUUUCGACCAACAUCCAUUGAACCAUUUGCUGUUCAUACAGCACUGAACCGGAAUGUUGGCCUUCUGCGGAUAUUUCCUAGUAUAACAACAGAAACUGUCACUGCCUUUUUCCAACCACCAAUAGAAGGCAUUGUUUUGCAAACAUAUGGAGUAGGUAAUGUUCCAAGCAACAGGAAAGACCUUCUGGAAGCUAUAAAGGCUGCUGUUGACCGUGGGGUAAUAGUAGUCACUUGUACACAGUGCCACAAGGGAGGAGUGAGUGCACUUUAUGAAACUGGUAAGGUACUAGCUGACAUGGGAGUAAUUGCUGGUUAUGAUAUGACUCCAGAAGCUGCUCUUACUAAGCUGUCCUAUGUACUCUCAAAAAAGGAUUGGAGUGACAGUAUGAAACGAAAGGCAAUGCAAGACAAUCUCAGGGGAGAGUUAAGCAUAAUUGGAAAGUGGAAAGCUCUACAGGAAUGGGAUCUUGUUGACGCAGUUGCACGCUCACUUAAUGUCUACAGUCCUAAGGAACAACAGAAAAUUGGUUCAGUUUUGUAUCCAGCAAUGACAAUAGCUGCUGUAUCUGAAGGAAAUAUUGAAAAAUUGAAGCAGCUGAAAGAAUUUGGAGCAGAUUUUUCUUGUAGCAACAAAGACCAUCGGACAGCUCUCCAUAUAGCAUGUUGUGAAGGAAAUGCAGAAGUUGUGCAGUAUCUACUUAUGAAUGGUGCCAGUGUACAUAUGAAAGAUAGGUAUGACAGAACACCUCUGAUAGAUGCUGUAAACAACGAUCAGCAUGAAAUAAUAAAAUUACUGAGACAAGCUGGUGCUCAUUUACAUGGCAACCCAAGAACUAUUGGAGAACACCUCUGCAGUGCAGCAGCAAGAGGCAAUAUAAACCGGCUUAAGUCGUAUCAUUUAGCAGGAGCAGAUCUUGAACAGCCAGAUUUAAGUGACCGUACUGCCUUACAUCUGGCUGCACUUCAUGGUCAUGUUGAUUGUGUAUCCUUCUUGCUAGUAAAUAAUGUACAUAAGGAUGCAAAAGAUCUUCUUGGCCAUACCCCAACAGAUUUGGCUACAGCUAUGAAUCACACUGAUGUUCUUGAAUUGCUUCAUUUUACGGAACCUGAUGACAAUACAGAUGAAAAUGAAUUCAGCAAAUACCUUUGAAAGUGACUAAACAGGCAGGAGGGACUUUAUGCAAGCCACAGCUGCAUUAGGUGUGAUGGUUAUGGACAGUGGAAAUGUGACUUUGAAACUUGGAAGUUAAAAAGCGAUAUUAAUUUUGUAGUAACAAACGCAGUUAUAUGAGGAAUUACUUAGUGCCUGAAGAUUAUUUGCCAUUUUUUGUGUACAAAUCAGGGUAACUGAAACUAUAUAUUUCAUUUGUACAUGUAAUUAUCAUCACCAAUUCAGGGAACAUUGUAUGGAUUCAUCAGAUGACAUGCUUUAUUAAUGAACAGUCAAAAACAAAAAAAAGUAGCACUUGGAACAUUGGCAGUGAAGUAGAAUGAGUUGCAGUAAUGAUUGUUUUAUAACUGCAAGAAUUUUUGGCAGGAAGGAGGUGACUUGCAGACCAGAGGCAAUGUAACUGCCAACUUUCCUUUCUUUGUAUAUGGUUGCUGAGCAUACAAGUACCUUCUCAAAUAUUUUGAAAUUGAGAUCCUUGUUACUACUUUAUAUUUUAUAGUUUGCAAUUAGUCUGUGCAGUUGUACAGUUCAUAGUAAUGCAUUGAGAGCUGAUAUUAAUUAAUGUCCUUGUGAUGUCUUUUAAGUUAUCUCAGUUGUAUGAAUGAACUCAUAUAUUAAAUUACUGAACAGAAAGUGCCGUAAAACACUAGUUCUAGACUCAUUAAAAUGAAACUGAACAGACAAUUCAUUGCUUGCACCUGCUUUUAUAACAAGAAAGACAAGCCAACAUACUGGUAUAUAGUCUCAGCAUAAUUUUUUAGUUGUUGCUGUGGCUAUUUUCCACACAAACUUCAGAAAUUAUUUUGUACAUAUUUAUAUAUAAUAAGCAAACUACCUUUGU